AUGGCCAAAAAACAAAAAGUUAUUCCACGGCUUAAACCUACACCCUAUGAACUGAACGAUUUGAUUACAACAUUGAAGCAACCCCAAUUAGUACCAAGCGCAAAGCUUUAUACUAAGGAUUGUGAUACAAUUCAACUGUACACAACACCAGAUUUACCUAACAACAAACGGGGGUUUAAGUACACACCAUGCCGGCCGAAUCCACUUUUAGAUUCUUCACUAUAUUCAACAACAGACCUCCCACCGUUUACGGCCCAUUGGUCGUACUUUGAUAGAUCUCCGGACAUCUUAGUCGAUGAGGAUAUGGCAAUAGUAGGAUGUCAGGAAGGAGACGGGUGGAGAAGUGUACGUGCAGAGUACGGAUUACGAGAAAAGCGAUGGUACAUUGAAUAUGAGAUUAUCAGUGGUAUUCCUAAGGUUGGAGGUGAUGAAUCCAUUAACAAUAACGCUGAUUCGAGGUCGCAUACACCAGUUAUUGAAGCCGGAAGUUCAGUUGCCCAUGUACGAGUGGGAAUCGCUCGUAGAGAGGCCUCGCUGGAAGCACCAGUUGGCUUUGAUGGAUAUGGUUAUGGAAUUAGAGAUAUCAAUUGUGAGAAAGUCCAUUUGAGUAGAAGGGGUGAUAUUGGAACAAAAAGAGAUCUUAAGAUUGGUGAUAUCAUUGGAAUAUUAAUUGAACUACCAGACAUACAAACACAGAAAGAAAUAUCAAAGGCUAUGAUUUACGAAAAAACGUUGGAAGAGCCCCAAAAGCUGGACCCUGCAUUGGACUCAAAGAACAUCAAUGAUUCAUUCAUUGGAAAAGGUGUAGAAAGAGAGAUGAUUCCAAUAAAAUAUAAAAACAACUUAUACUUUGAGGAGUACGAAUAUACUGGUUCUAAGCAAAUGGACCAUCUACUCAAUCCAGUGACUGUUUUUGGUGAACAUGCUAUGCCUGAUAACAAACGAUCACAGCCAGCCAAACUGCCAAAUUCUUCAAUGACUCUAUAUAUAAAUGGUGAGAAAUUUGGUGUGCCAUUUACAAAUUUAAUUGCGUUUCUACCACCUGCUAGUGAGCAAAGGGCAGCCAGGGACCAGAAAUCUAAAAAGCAGCUAGAUGACUUUAUUGUUGAUCGAGAUGACGGGACUUUGGGCUACUAUCCAAUGGUCAGUUGCUUCAGGGGAGGAGCAGUCAAACUUAAUACUAGUAGUAAAGUAUGGAGAGUUCCUCAGGAUUUAGAUUCCGCCCUGAACUCAGGUACCAUUAAGCCAUAUGGAUUACGCAUGCAUUCAAGCAUUGUGGAACAAACUGUCUAUGACUUAAUAGAAGACGCAGUGAACAAAUAUUUGGAUAGAAAAGAGAGAGAUUUUCUUGCAGAAAAGUUAUAG